CAUCAGUAACAAAUAUUACAGCUCGAAGAGAAGGGUCCAUCUCGGCGGACGACGAGGGAGGAGAAUAUAUGGAACAGCAUUAGAAACGCUAAGUAGAGAGAGAGAGAGGGGGCCAUUUGGUAACUCCCCGUUUUCUCCCAGCUUGUCAUUUAAUCGAGCACAUUAAUCGGCCGUCGGAGUAGAUCUGGGAGAGAAAAUGUCUCCCGGUACGAGGAGGAGGAGGAGCAGCUCUCUUUUCGGCCUCGGCUGUGGGUGCAAGGACUCCAAAUCGGUGUCGGCAUCCGACGCCCCUCGCAGGGUCAGGGGUCCAUCGUCGGCGGACACCCUGACCCUGACCUCCCCCUUCUCCUCCACCUCCUCUUGCUGGGAGGAGGUGGGGGAGAAACCCGAUAGCUCGGCGAGCACGCCGAGAUUCUCCGGGCUUCUGCGCCAGCUCAACGAGCUGGAGGAGAACGUUAUGGCCUGGGGGAAGAGGACGACUCCUCUUCCUCCUCCACCAGGCGAAGAAGAGAAGCGGCGAAGGCCGCAUCAUCAUCAUCAUCAUCAUCGAAGGAGCAGCAGCGAAGGAGGAAGAAGAAUAGAGGAGAGCGUGGCGGUGGUGAAGGAAUCGGCGGACCCAUUGGGGGAUUUUAGAAGGUCGAUGCUGCAGAUGAUCGUAGAGAAGGAGAUCGUUGACGGGGAGGAGCUGCGGGAGCUCCUCCGCCGUUUCCUCUCGCUCAAUUCUCCCUGCCACCACGACCUCAUCCUCCGAGCCUUCGCCGAGAUCUGGGAGGAGGUCUUCUCCGGCUACGAGAACACCCCCGAUCUCCUCCUCCGCCCCACCUACUCCGUUUUCUCCCAACCUCGCCACUUCUAAUAAUCAUUCUCUGCUUCUCUUCUUCUGCCAUGGAUGAAUUGUAGAUGGAACUUGCUAUCAAUGUUAUGAUUCUUGGUUUUAA